GCCCCCCCCCCUCCCCUUGCUGGUCAUGAUUAUUCCACUUGCAGCUCGGUGUUCGGCGUUUCGUUUCAACUCGAGCUUGCGAAGGUUCCUUCGAAUGAGCCUGGCGGACUGAUCCCUGGUCCGCACCUGUCCCAUUUGUACCGUCUUCGAGAUUUGGGUUUGACUCAUACGAGGCGGUAGGAUGUGAGGUGUUACAGAUCUUUGCCACUGAGAUUGGAUCGGCGGAAGCGAGGCAGUUCGAUAGAGGAAUCUAGAGUGAGGGAAUCUGUGAGUGGACACCGGUGUCCCGCUUUUUUGUGGGCUUUGCCAUUUCUCUCGACCGCUCUUGUGAUGUGAACGGAAGUCAUGUUUUAAGAUGUACUUUUGGAGAUACAAUUUGGAGAGGACCUACUUGUAUGACUUUAUUCUGAGAAAGUCAGCAGUUUCUCGUUUGAAGGUGAUGCUUGAGGAUAUUUCAGCAGCCUCGAAAGAUGGUGUUCUUAAGAGCCAAUUUUCACUUGGCAAAGAAGUUUGGUGGUGGAAGCGGCAACAUGACAUUAGAUGAAGCCGAGCGUCAAACACAUCAGGAGCUGGAGCGGCUCUACAUGUCAACUAGGGCUGCAAAGCAUUUCCAGAAGGAUGUCGUUAAAGGGGUAGAGGGUUUUGUGAGUACAGGUAAAAAGCAACUUGAGGUUGAAAGUAGGCUUGCAGAAGGUUGCAAAAAAUAUGGAUUGGAGGGUCCUAGUAUUACUCAGAAUCUCUCAAGAGCUACACAGCAUUACAGUUCAGCAAAGAAUAGGAUGGAGAAAGAGCGGGAAAAUUUUCACCGAGUUCUGGCUUCGCAGGUUGUAGAGCCUUUAAAAGCCAUGGUCCAUGGUGCACCUUUAGUGGAUGCCCGGCACUUGAAACAAAAGUAUGACCGUCUAUGCCAAGAAGUGGGUGAGCGCGCUUUUGAUGUCAACAGGAGGAAGUCCAAAGAUGCUAAUGGCAAUCCGGAACAUGCUGCCAAAUUGCGAGCAGCUCAGCAGAAGCUGGAAGAAAACACUUCCGCAAUGAGCGCAAUGGGUAAGAAUGCCACAUCUGCGAUGACUUUGGUUGAAUUUCAACAACAGCAAACCAAUCUUCAGAAGAUGCUCGCAUUGGUUGCUGCGGAGAGAGCAUAUUUUCAACGUGUAACCAGCAUUCUGGACACGUUGCAUCAUGAAAUUGAGUCUGAGGUUAGGAAAGCCUCAAACCCCUCGAAUUAUGGAGAUGGAGCUUCUCGCAACUCUUAUCAUGGGGCAGGACCCGUUCCAGAAAUUUCUUAUCCGGAAACUCUUUACCUGGAAAAUACUCCUACGGUUAAAGGAAUACCUUAUCAGGAAACCCGUCUGGAAAAUUCUCCUUCAGUUACAGAAAUUCCUUAUCCGGAAACUCCUCCUUCAGACAGUGAAACUGCUUAUACGGAAACUCAUUCAGACACAGAAACUCCUUAUCUUGAAACUCCUCCUUCAAACACCGUUAGCCACAUGACUGCGAAUCUAUCAGAAUCAGCUCACAACAUUUCAAACGAAAGCAACAAAGGGUAUGACAACGACCAUGACCAGGAAGUAGAAGUGCCUGCUUGUGUCGAAACCAAAAGCUUCUAUGCAGUUGCUACACACUCCUUUGAACGAGAGGACGAUGGAGAGCUCUCACUAUCAGUUGGUGACGAAGUUUUGGUACGCGAGGUUUCUUCAUCUGGCUGGUCCCAGGGAGAAUGCAAUGGCCAAUCGGGAUGGUUUCCUUCCACUUAUGUAGAGCGGAAGCAGCCCAUUCGAAAAGGACGAAGAAGGCCGGGGAGCGGUCAUGGUUCUGGAGGAUCAUGAAUCGUGUCGUGGAUGAAUCUGUACUAACCAGAAGAAUUAUUCAGGUGCUAAAUUCCAGUGCACUAGUCUGCAGAUUUCUCCUCAUUUGGCGGUCGUAGACAGAUACCGUACCCUGAUGAAGUCAUGUUUUUCUGAGCACCGAGGUACCGCUGGAGUGAAUCGUGGAGGUGGGCAAGCCGCGAAUUUAUCGCGCCGCCGAAAAUGAGAAUCUAAUCAUCAACCGAAUAUAGUAGGAUGUAUAGAUGCUGCAAAUGGAGUAACUUACCUUCUUUGUAUCAUCCCAUGCGUUUCAAGAGCUGAAAUAAUCUAAUUCGUACCAACUCAACUUGUUCUGGUUGAAUUUCAACACAAUAAACAGAUGGAAACAAUCUCCACUUACAGUA